AUGGAUGCCGUCCUGUGCAAUUCGUCCCCACUGUUCGGCUCAUUGCACCGUCCGGCUCCUUCAGUAUCCAACAGAUUAUGGUUUCCCGAUCCUCCUUCUGCUUCCACCAGCCGUCUCUUGUUCAAGUCUUCGUUUCUCACCCAAAGGAAACCACCGCGCUCUUCGUCUUUAACUCACUCUGCAAUUGAUAGAUUAACCAUAAAAUGCGGAGCUAUCAAGGAGAUCAAAGAGGCUGAGUUUCCAACAACUGUUUUGAAAUCCGAACGUCCAGUUCUGGUCGAGUUCGUUGCUACCUGGUGCGGCCCUUGCAGAUUAAUCUCUCCUGCCAUGGAGUCUAUUGCUCAG